AUGUGCAAAGCAGUCCAGGUGUCUGGUUUCUUCUUCCAGCUUCUCCUGGGGGAUCCCCAGGCUUCCCCAGGCCAGCUUGGAGACGUAGUCCCUCCAGAAUGUCCUCGGUCUACCCAUAGUCCUCCUCCCUGUUGGCCAUGUCUGGUAUACCUACGGCAGGAGGUGACCACAUGGCAUCCUUAUCAGAUGCCUGAACCACUUCAACUGGCUGCUCUUAACAGCGGCUCUGCUUUACGCUCCUCCAAAGUUCAUGAGCAGGUUCUUGCCCAGAGGGAGUGUGCCACUCUUUCCCAGGAGAUCACCAUGUCCUUCAACUUGCCUCCUUUUCUGCUUAAUGAUAAGACCGUUGGGGUCUUCCACUACCGUUCUCCACUGGGAGUGUACAAACUCAAAUACACACAGGCGCAGGAGGCCUGCAAGCAGGAGGGAGGCACUAUUGCUACAUACACACAACUGUCCUACGCUCAGCAGGCUGGGUACAGUCUGUGUUCUGCUGGAUGGCUCGAGCAGGAGCGCGUGGCCUAUCCCAUGAGCUAUUCCCACCUCAAAUGUGGCUUUGGUCACGUGGGCAUCGUGGACUACGGCAAACAAACUGACCUGAGCAGGACCUGGGACACAUUCUGCUACCGGCCAAAGGAUGUGAAAUGUGAGUGUAAGAUGGGCUACAUUGGUGAUGGAUACACUUGCACUGGAAACCUGCUACAGGUUCUCUCCUCCAAGCCCAACUUUUCCAACUUUCUGUCACAAAUCUUGAAUUGCUCCAGAACUUCAGCAUCAGGUCAAGAGUUUGUGAGGCGUCUCAGCAACAUAACCACCCAGUCCACCCUGUUUGUGCCUGAUAAUGACGGUCUCUAUGAGAACGAGACACUGUCCUACAGGGAUUUAGAGCACCACCUGAUGGAUGGGAGAGCUCUGGUGCUGCAAGCUCUCAUUAACGUCAGCCAUGUUCGAACACAUCUGGGACAUACACUCAGUGUGAAAGGGGUUCCUAGCCUGCAGAGCCCCCAGACACUGGCUUCCUCUGGAUAUGUCAAUGACCGUUACAUUAUCGAAUCUGACAUUUUUGCAUCCAAUGGGAUCAUCCAUGUGCUGCAUGGACCACCGAAAGCUCCACCUCCUCCGGCCCCUUCCCUCCACCCCGCCCACAAGGCAGGGAUGGGCAUCGGUGUUCUGUUACUCGUCAUCCUUAUCGUGGCUGGAGCAUUUGUGGCCUACCAUUUCUACACCCAGCAAUCCAAGCCUUUCCAGUUCCACUACUUCAAGGAAGAUGAGAAUGAAGACAGCAGCCCUUCUGGAUCAGCCCCGUACAUCUCCAACCCCACGUAUGAGUCCACACCUGCCCCCACUGACCCCCACCUCCCAGCAGAUGAGAAGGAUGACGAGCAGCAGAUGGUUGCCAGUGGCUCUUAUGAUCUUCUGCAGGAUAGCUGAAGAGUUGUGGGAUCUCACUCAGACACUCUCCGUACAGCUCAGAGCCUGAACUGCUGUAGAGCAGCAGGACACUCAAGUGCUGCAGUACCUUAGCAGACCAU